AUGGGCAUCUGUUUAGACACUGAACAAAACAAUGAAGAGUUGGAGACCACAGGCGGAGACCGAAGCCGCCGCGACAGCGCCUGGGUCGGGCGCGCCACGCCGCCCACAGCCGCCUUCCCCAUGCAGAACUCCAGCCACGUCAAGUUUGAGCCACCAAAUGUGCCAGUUAUAUUCGUCCUGGGAGGUCCAGGCAGCGGCAAGGUGACACAUUGCGACAACCUGAUGCAGGAGCGGCGGGGGGUCGUCCACAUCAACAUGACGGACCUGCUGCAGCAGUACGCCAUCGGCAACGAUAUGCAAGACUUCGGCACCCUAUCCAGUAAGACGGUGACCGAGGUCCUGAUGCUGGAGAUGAAGAUGGCGCCCACAGCCAAGACUUACCUGGUCUCCGGGUACCCCAGGUCUAUGAGAGACGUCGCCGAAUAUUCUGAUAAGAUCCAGACAAUAUCUGGCGUAGUACUCGUCAGUUGGCGCCAAAGGGUCCUGGAGCGGCAGAUCGAGUACGGAGCUCGCCUGGGCCACGUGGUGCUCAGCCUCGCCAGAAUGGAGCUGAACAACUUCUACAGGAACGUAAUGCCGGUGGCCGAUUACUUCGACCAGAGCAAUAUGCUGGUAGCUGUGAACGGUGAAAGAAACCCAGAAGAGGUGUACAAAGACUUCAGGGCGGCCGUUCUUCAGAUCCUGGGCAACCUCGAAGACCAGACCACGGUGAACGGGGUCAGCGGGGUGGGCGUCGGCGCUGGUGGUAUACCUGGAGAGAUCGUAGGUGUGGAGCGUGCGCCGGCGCCUGAAGAAAGAGAUAGAUAUAGAGAAGAGUCUUCAGCGUUACCGAUAGCAAAUCCCAUGGUCGUGCCGCCGCCCGUUCACGAUAGAAUGGAAAGAGACGUCACUCCUAAGCCCGAAGUGAUCCGAGUCCGUGGGGCCGUCACCAACCCCAUCAUCGUGUGGGUGGUGGGGGGGCCGGGAAGUAACAAGGCUACGUUGUGCCAAAGGGCCGUUGCGCAGAAGCAGGGAUGGACACAUUUCAGUCUCGGCCAACGUCUUCGAACGCUGGCCGACGCCGGGGGAGGGCCCGCCUCCGACGGAGCCCUGGCGAGGACUGCGGUCAGCGGCGGCGAGCUGGCUCCCAGCGAGCUCGUCGGCAGGCUGGUCAGGGCCGCCGUCAGCGAAGCAGCAAGGAGUGGCCAUGGGCUGGUGUUAGAUGGCUACCCCAGAGACUUGGAUCAGAUGGAACAGUUCCAGAAAGAAUUCCGCGUCCAACCACGGAUGGUACUUCUGGACUGCUCCAAGCUACAACUGGGCCGCGGCAGACGAGACGACUCCGUAGCAGCAUUCAGGAGGAGACUGGAAGUGUUCAGGGAGCUCAGUCUGCCGAUGCUGAAGAACUUGGACCAGCAACACAGACUCGUCAUCGUGGACGGCGACACCGACUCUCAGGACGUCCAGGGGGAGUUCGCUCGCGUCCUGACUGAGGAGAUGGAGAAGGCUGAUGAACUGUCCCAGAUCCCACAGGAACAUGUGACUUCGCCAACCACAGAUCUAUCGGCGAUGCAGCAGUUCGCGCACGCCAUGUCGCGCAUGGGCGGCGGCAUCGGGAACGGGGUCGCCAACGGCGGGCUCCGGAACGGCGCCGUGCCCAACGGCAUCGCCAACGGGCUCGCCAACGGGUUCACCGGGAUGGCUAAUAAUAAGGUAAAGCCAAUAGUGAACGCUUCUAAGAUCUCCACAAUAUCGCAGAUGACACAGGACGACGUGAGACGUAUGUACGAACAGAGUAGCGGAGAUAUAACUAUGAAUACACACAUGUAG